UGGUGAUGCUGGUGACGUCAUCUCGUUUGUUGGUAACGCUGUGUGUGACGGAGCCGUUAAAUCUAAACGCAUAGGCCUUCAGGAAGAGAACACAUCAAAGACAAACACUUUCCCAGCUUAUGGUGGUUUCCUGUGAGCAAGAUCAUUAAAGCAGAAGAAAAAUGAAUGUGUUUGAUAGCAACAUAAACUUUGACGCACUCUUUAAGUUCUCUCAAAUCUCUCGCUCGACCCAGCAACACUUGAAGAAUGUGUACGCCAGUCUGGCUGUGAGUCUGUUGGUGGCGGCCGCCGGCUCGUACAUCUAUGUUAUCACAAGACUGUUUCAGGGUGGGCUAACCUUGCUGGGCUCUUUGGCCAUGAUGGGCUGGCUUGCAAUGACCCCGCACAGCCCUCAGACUGAGAAGAAGAGGUUGGCCAUACUGGUUGCGUUUGCUUUCUUCACAGGUCUUGGACUUGGCCCACUCAUGGACUACAUCAUUACCAUCAACCCAAGUAUCAUUGUGAUGGCUUUUCUGGGCACCUCGGUCAUCUUCACCUGCUUCACGUUGAGUGCCCUCUAUGCCCAGCGCAGGACUUAUCUUUUCUUGGGAGGCACUCUGAUGUCAGGACUGUUUGUUCUUCUGCUGGUGUCAUUCUUCAACAUGUUCUUCUCCUCAGUUGUGCUUUUUAAGGCUCAUAUUUAUCUGGGUCUGGUCAUCAUGUGUGGAUUUGUGCUGUUUGACACUCAGCUCAUCAUUGAGAAGGCAGAGAUGGGAGACAAAGAUUAUAUCUGGCAUAGUGUCAAUCUCUUCAUGGAUUUUGUGACCAUCUUCAGAAAGCUUGUCAUCAUCCUCGCUAUGAAUGAGAAGGAUAAGAAGAAGGAGAAGAAGUAGUUUUCAACAGCAUGGAGGGCAUCUGUGAGCUGAAUUUGGGAUGUCAUGUCAGCAGCUUCAUUAAAAAUCUGAUUACUUCAUUAAUUAUAUGUAAUGGGAUUUGGUUUGUUGUCUUAAUUUUAUUAGAUUUUUUCUAAGCUUUAAAUAUGUUGUUUGAUAGAGGCUAGUGACCUAAUGUUAUUUGAUUCUACAUUUUGAAAGCUCAUUUACAAGCUUAAGCUGAACUUCAGUUUCUUUUGUUUUCUGUAUCUCAAAAGAGAGGCAUAAUUUAGAGGUAUGUAGAAAAGAAAGAUUUCGAAGUCUGUUCAUAAAACCUUUUUCACUAAUACAUUUGGAGCUGAUUAAAUCUUGUACAUAAAAUAGGUUUUCGUGUCAUUAGGUUGUUAAUCAUCCAGAUAACGUUCUUACCCGAUAACAAACAUUAUAUCAUAAUUAAACAAAAUUCCUAAUGACAGUUUUACUCAGUAAAACUGCUAUAGUUGGGGUCAUUGCGUUUAACAAUAUUUCAUUUAUCUUUUUGCUGCCAAUGUCACAUUAUAUUGUAGCUGCUGUUAUUUGCAAUUUUAUAUAGGUUUGCUUGGACUACCAUUAUUCAUUUGACAUCACAGAUUCAUUUUUUAUUUUAUUCAUGAAUUUUGUGCUUCUUGAUAAUUCAAUAAAUGGUGCCACAGAUGGUGUUUGGAUUCA